AUGAAUCCUUACGAGAGACCCUUGACCUCAUAUGAACAAACACUCAGAGAUGAGGUUAUUUAUCUUCACUCUCUCUGGCACCAAGGCCCUCCUACCCCAAACCCUAAUCCUAACCCUAACCUUUACCUGCCCAGUUAUGGAAAUUAUUCUUCAAGAAAUCUCCACGUAUCAAAUCCUACACCCUUCAAAAAGACCAACAGACACAAACCCAAAUACCAAAAGGCCAACAAUGUCGCCCUAUCGGGGUUAGUAUCCGACCCGGGUCUAGAAUGGCCUGUCAGCUCGCCACAGCCAUCUCCUCCUCAAUCAGGUUCUGGGUGGCCCGGAUUCAAGUCCAACCCGAGUCCCUUAACCCGUCCCGUUUCUGAGGUGGACCAGGGCCCGGUUGCUGCAAUGCGCAUGCAGCAAAAGGUUGUCAAGUGUUGCAAUCAGUUUUUCGUUAAAAGGGUUGAUUUAGAUGAAAAUGGAGAUAAAGAACUGGAGCAGGUUGAUGGGGAUGAAGGCUGCCCGGGGAAUGACAAUGUUGUUGAAGAGAGCGAAGAAUUUAAGUUCUUUUUGAGUUUGUUUGUGGAAAAUAAAGAAAUGAGAGAUUUUUACGAGAAGAACACUGAAAGUGGGGAUUUUUACUGUUUGGUUUGUGGAGGGAUAGGAGAGAAAGUAGGGAAAGUAUAUAGGGGUUGUACGGGCCUUGUUCAGCAUGCAAGAGCGAUUUCGAAAACAAAAAGGAAAAGGGCUCAUAGGGCUUUUGGUCACCUUAUUUGCAAGGUUCUUGGUUGGGAUAUUAGCAGGCUUCCUAUGAUUGUGUUGACAGGUGAACCUCUCAGUCGCUCAUUGGUGAAUUCAGGCCUAACUGAGAAUUUUUCAGAUGAAGGCAAUUGCAAAAAAGUACGUGCUGAUCUUAGUAAUGAUGAGCCAAAUAUGGAAGCAUAUAAAGAGGGAGCCACAGAGUGUCCAGGAUCUGAGCCACCACUGGUCUCUGAUGCCCCAUGGACUUCCCAAAUGCUCGUUGAUGAAUCUCCGUCAACAACUGUGGGGUGGCCUAUCUUGAAGCCCCACCACUCUUCGGAGACUUCUGCUGAAGAGCUAGAGAGGUUUGCCAUGGUGCGGUUGCAGCAGAAAGUCUUGAAUGAUUGCCGAAACUUCUUAGCAAACCCAUCUGGUUCAAUUAGUGAUGAAGGUGAGGAAGAUGGGGAUCAGGAUGAUUGGAUGGAUGAAGAUGGGUCUGAUGAAUGUGAAGAAUUCAAGUUCUUUUUGAGAUUGUUCACAGAUAGUAAUGAACUGAGGAAUUAUUAUGAGAAUCACUAUGAAGGAGGGGAAUUUUGCUGUUUGGUUUGUUGUGCUCUAAAGAAGAAGGGUUGGAGGAAGUUUAAGGGGUGUCUUGGGCUUCUUCAGCAUGCUACUGCAAUAUCAAGGACAAAGAAGAAGGCUCAUAGGGCUUAUGGACAGGUUAUCUGUAAGGUUCUUGGUUGGGAUGUUGAUCAGCUUCCGACAAUUGUAUUGAAAGGAGAACCUCUAAGGCAGUCUAUGGAAAAGUCAGGCAUCUUGCUGGGUGAGCCUGAGAUAAAUGCUGAUUGUGGUCAUGAAGACUCAAGUUUUCCUCAGACUGAAACUUUUCAUGGUAAUGUUAGUGCAUCAGCUUCAAGGGAGGAUUCUGAUAUCCAUCAGAAAAAUUGUGUCCUGGUGAGUUGCAAGAACACAUUGAAUGGAGGAUUUGUUAAUGAACAUGUCAAUGAUCUUGAAAAAGAAUGCGUCAAAGCCAAUAAAUUAAGUUUGGUGGAUUUCAGGGUGAGAUGA